CACGUUUUCAAAAAUGUCUCCCUUAAUUUUUUCAUCUAUUAAACAUUGUUUUUUUGUCAUCAGAAAAUUUGUAGAUCUUCUUAGAUGAAGUUGCAUUAAUAAGUUUCUUCUCGUUUAGAUUCCUUACAUCAUGAAUCAAAUUUGGUUUGGAUGCAAGAACCUUCAAAAACAUGCAAGAUCAUAGAAACCUCAAAAUGAUUAUUUGUUGUUUUCUCAGAAAACCUAUCGUUUUUUUUUGAGCUAAGUAACUGAUUAUCUUUUCCAUUUUUCAUCGUCCCUUUAAUGUUUUGGAGUCACAAUUCUUUGUAAAACAUAUAUUGUCAUUUUCGAAGUGAAUGUUUUCUAGUUUUUUACGGGAUUAUUAAACUGUAAGAGUUAGGUUUUGUUUUGAUAUAUGCACGUUGCUCUUUUCAUCUUUCAUUCCUUCAACAAAGAAAAAGUUAAAAAUAACGAAGGAUAAAUAUUUAUCCCCAAGAAAAAGAGAUCUAUGCAACUCGCAGUGUCAAGUACCAAGAUGAAAAGCCUCUUUAAAGGGCUCCGAUAUAUAUCUCAAGUAUUUGCAAUAGAAGGUGAAAAGGAACCAGAGAUGCAAAUCGGAAAUCCAACGGACGUAAAGCAUGUUGCCCACAUUGGUUGGGAUGGACCGUCUGAAAAUGCCACUGCACCUAGCUGGAUGAACGACUUCAAGUGUCAAUCGGAAUAUAGUGGUCGGUCCAGAGAUUUACCUAAACUACCAAAAUCCAGUAGAAAAUCAGCGUUUGAGAAAGGUUCUCCGACGAAACAGAAAACCGACAAGACCAAUCGUCCUACUUCGCACAAAGGCACAUCGUCGUCUCAACACAGUGUUGGAUUAUCACCUGAGAUUCCAAAGAAAUCAAAAAGGAAGAAAGCUAAGGAAGGUAAUGCCAAUGGAGGGUCUCCGAGAUCGUCUAGUAGAUCGGAAGUUGAGAAAAUGUCGGAUUUCACGUCCGAUACUGGUUCCGUUAGAUCUAUGUCUCAGUUCGACGAUGACAGAAAUGGGUUUUGAUUUGUGACAAAACGAUACACUUUCAUUUUGCAAUAGUAAAGAAAUGUUAUAGGAACUGUUGAAAGUGAUUUCAUUACGCA